AUGAGCAAUGCCCAAGCGAACACGUCAGAAAUUUGCGAGCUGGAUGAAAUAAAAUCCCAUUUUGAAUCGAAGAAGUAUGAACAUGUGCUUAAUUUAACGAAGAAAAUUUACUCCAAUGAAGAGUGUGAUGAGUAUGCUUUGAGGGCUAGGUACUACUGCCUGAUUGAGAGAGGGGAAUUCACAAAGUUGGUUCACGAAAUUAUGUACAUAUUGGUGGGAUGCGAUGGAGUGAAGAAUACUGUAGAUGGUGAUAACGGUAAGUCUGCGAUAGGUAACAAGGGGAGAAACACAUUUAAGGAACUCUUUCAAGGAAGCUAUGAAUGCAUUAAGAGAAAAAAUGUCCUAUUUGAGCUUUUCUAUUGUAUGUACAAAUUGAAGAAGCUAAAAAAACUGAAUGGCUGUUUGAAGUACGUGACUGAGAAGGAAGAGAAUGCGCCCCAGUUUAUGGAUAUACUCCUGGCAGAGGUAAAUUUCAGACUACACCAUUUUGAAGCAUCCAUUGGUUGGUAUGAAAAUUUGUUAGAAUGCCAAAAUGCCAAGCAGGCAGUGGCGGCCUCGAUUAACGUCAACAGUGGCUACUUCUCCCUUUACUUCAAACUGCUAUAUGAGUACAAUUUUUUGCGUAGUGUUAACUCGAGAGUCAGUUCUGAUAAAGCGAAACAGAAAGACAUCGAAGAGGUAAAAAAUCAAAUCGUAACAAAUACGGAUGGUUUUAAAUACGAUGAGGAAAGGGAUAGCUUUGAGCAGAUAUUUAACUAUGCCACUUUUUUUAUAAUUGAGAAAAAUUAUACUGAAGCGGUAAAAUUUCUCGAUUUGGCAGAUGCCAUAUGUAGGAGCACCUUUGUGGGGGGAAGCGCAUCUGAUUCUGGUGUCGCUGAUGGGGCGGAGGAAGAAAUGGACCACCAAAAGGGUGACGACAUGGAUGACCAAGGGGAUGCUGAAGGGGAUAACCGAGGGGGCCACGCGGAUCAAACAAAAAAACGCUCGAGUGAUCACAGCGCGAGAGUUUCCUUCUCUCGAGAGGAUAUACUAACGAACAAACGGACGCUCGUCCAGUUACAGAGAGCCUACGUAUACUCCAAGUCCAACCGCCUGAAAGACGCCAUAGCCAUAUAUGAAAAUGUUUUGCAAAAUUAUGCGGAAAAUGGCCAAAAAGGAGACGCCGAAAGUGUUGGAAGUCUCAUCCCGCUGGUGGCGUACAACAACUACCUCGCACUGAGGCAUAACUGUGAAAGUCAAAGUGUUCGCCAUGUGAAGCACAGAGGGAAGAACGCACCCGGCCAGGACAAACUGAACAAAAUAAAAAGCGACCUACGAAUGAGUAGACGUAACUCUCAUAAGGACGCGAGCCAAUUUAUGCAAUCCAUGGAACUGUUCAACGAAUGCGUAUACAGCCUGAGGAAUGACCAGAAGGAUGAAUUCAAAUCCAAAUUGAAAAUUUUCACAACACGUUUUGGAAAUUCAAUUCUUUUAGAUAAAUUAAUAGCUCUAUUUUUAAAAAGCGAAAAUGCACACAUAAAAUGUAAGCACCAUCUGCUGAAGAAUAUCCAUCUGAUGUAUUCUCAUCAAAAUAAAAUAAAAUUUUUAAACGCUUACUUAUCUCUAUGUUAUGAAAAAAAAAGUUUUACAGAAAUAGUAAAAAUGUGUUGGAAAUAUGAAUACGUAUUUAAGAUGGAUGUUCAUCACUAUCGCACUUUUUUUUCGAAUUUGUUUUAUGUUUAUAUAUGUGCUCGUUAUGGAGGAGAAUCUGUUCCCUUGAUGGGAAAGAAUAAUAAUGCCUCCGUGAGUAGCGAUUGUGCUAAGGGUAACGACAGUGUCGUCGCAGUACCACGUAACCUAACCCUAGUGAUCGACCUUUUCAACAAAUACAAACAAGCUAUCAAAACAGAUAUAAAAAUAGUUAAUUACGAGACAGUCUUUCUAGUUAGCAAAUAUUUGCUACAACAUGGGAAAGAAGAAUUACUCACGGAUCUCUUCGACCAUUUGUCCAAGAACGUCAAAAAUGAUUUCCAUUUUUUUUCCUGCUUCACUUAUAUAUAUACUUAUAUCAAUAUGGAGCUUACACAUAAAUACGAGGAUAAAUUGAAGAAGGCCGUUCUCACCGAGACGUACCUUAUCGAUGUAGAGGAACUUGAGAAUAAAAACUUCGCUCUGGGAUUCUCCUCCAUGGGUCCCACUACGACUACGACCACUACUACUGCUACUACUGCUACUACUGCUUCCCCCUCCACAGUAGUACCCAUCGAUAGGAACAAAAAAAAACGAAAGAGGUCGAAGAAGCCAAAGAAUAAAAAGGACGGGGUGGGUAAUCACGCUGGUUACGACCCAGAGAAAUGGCUUCCGAAACAUGAGAAGACCAAGUUCAAGAAGUCCAAGAAGAAGAAGCAGAAAACGGCGGAGGCCCCCCCCAAACCGAAGGUGGUCGUCGUGGAGGAGCCCAAGAAUAACCCACCCGGCUCCUCCAAGCUGCAGGGCUUGAACAAGCGCCGCAAGAAGUGA